UUGGUUUACAUUACCGCCCUCCCCCACCGCACCUCAACAACUCUUGCCAGCAUCUUUCUUCAUUUGGGCUUCCUGCCUCUCACAAUCUGCUAUCCUGCAUCUAUAUUAUCUUCUGACUUGAAAUUAUUAGCUUCAUUUUAUUUUACAUGUUUACUCCUGCUGUCUCUUACAAAAGCCAAGCAGGCAAGUACCUGCGAUGUGUGGUUGGUACAGUUAGUACGUGUAUUACUUUAAUCAAGGUAUCCAGGAUUACUACUACCGCUACUGACGUUCAUUUACCAUCAUUGUUGUUAUUUUUUGGAUAAUCUUACCAAAUAACUUAAAGCUCGCCACUCAUGAUUUUUGAAGGGUUACAUUCUUAAAGCAGCUUUCUUCAUUUAUUGUUGGCGACGUUAAUUAAUGUCAAUGUCGCACUGACUAAAAUAUCUUCUAAUAUAUAUAUAAACAUCUUGUGAUUAAUCACCAAAAUGGAAGAAGAACUAAAAUGCCCCGUGUGUUCGAGGUAUUUCUGCAAUCCAGUCCUGUUGCCGUGUUUCCAUUCUCUGUGCAUGGUGUGUGCUGUACAAAUUCAAGAACUUCUACCACCGUUUGGACAGCAGUCUGGAGGGAAUUGUGGAAACAGUAAUAGUAAUAGUACUGUCGGGGUUCUAGAUGAAGCGGGAGCUGUUUCUGUUGGAUCAGAACAAGAUCUUCCCGACAUAGACAAGCUUAGUAUUGUCAGCGAAACUGACAGCGGUGUGAUCUGUAACAGUAGACCAAACAGCUACAUAGGAUCUCUUGGGUUUGGAAAUAUAUUUUCCCAAGCUUCAUCCGGAACCCUGUUCAGUAUCCGAUGUCCAGUUUGUAAGAAGAUAAUAUAUUUAGAUGAACAUGGAGUACAGGCUUUACCGAAAAGCAGUAUACUGGAAUCAAUCAUCGAAAAGUUUGGAUGCGGCUCCGAGGAACAAACUACGGAAGACUCUGAUUUAAUUAAAUGUCAGCUUUGUGAACAAGAUAGCAAUGAUGCAGCGUGUAUGUGCGAACAGUGCGAGGUGUUUUAUUGCGAUUCUUGUCGAGAAAGAUGCCAUCCAUUUAGGGGUCCGCUUGCCAAACAUAAACUUGUGAGCCCUUGUCAAGGCCAAAUGCUUUUAAAGAAAAACAAAACAAAAGAAUCCAAAUGCCAAGAACAUGUUGACGAACAGCUGAGUAUGUUCUGUCAGCUCUGUAAGGUUCCAGUUUGUUAUGUAUGUGCCCAGGAAGGGAGACACAUUAACCACGAUGUCCAAGCACUAGGUGUUAUGUGUAAAACACAAAAAAAUGAAUUAUCUCAGAAUCUUCAAUCUUUAUCAGAGAAAGCCAAAUCAGGAACAAUAUUUAUUCAGAGAUUAAAAUCAAUGACAGACAGAGUAGAGUGUAACUGUACUGAAUUUCAAAAAAAUGUGAUUGAAAAGUGUGAUGAAUUAAUAGAGUCAAUCAGAGCCCGUCGGCAAUAUUUGUUAGAUACUCUAAAUAAUGAAAAAGAAAUGAAAAUUUUGACACUGAAAGAACAAGUUUCCCAUUGUACCAGCCUUCUACAACGUACCACUGGACUACUUCAGUUUGGUAUUGAAGUCUUAAAAGAAAGUGAUGCCUUCUCUUUUUUACAGAUUUCCAAUGCUUUGAUAAAUCGCGUUUCUACAGCUGAUGAAAAUUUCAACAGAGAAAUUGAAUUAACAGCUCGAGUUUCACCAAAAUUUGAAUUAGGGUUUGACAACGAACACAUCUUACAAUCAAUAGAGAAUAUGGACUUUUAUGAAAUGAAAGCUCCUGGCCAGCCUGUGAUAAUUCCUGAAGACUGUAGUGCUGAGAAUAACAGUGUUACCAUAGCAUGGCAGCCUCAUCCAAGUGGUAUUGUUGAAACUUUUACUUUGGAACUGGAUGAUGGCAACAGUGGAGAUUUUAGGGUUGUGUAUGUUGGACGAGAGACAAUGUGUACAGUUGAUGGUUUGCACUUUAACAGUAUCUACAAUGCAAGAGUGAAAGCUCAUAAUAAUGUUGGUGAAAGCAACUUCAGUGAAAUGGUCAGUUUACAGACUGCUGAAGGAUUUGCAGUUCCAUUUGCUUGCCUUAAUGUCGCUUCAAAUCAGUGGCAUCGUUUUGUUUGAAUUUCAACUUCAGGCAGCUGGCAAAUGGAAUCCUUCACCGAAAACAAACGAAGUACAUUAAUUAAGUUCCUUUGUUUAACAACUAAUUAUUAUAGUUUUCUUCUUUUAGACUUCUUUAGGUUUUAGUAUCAUUUAUAUUUGGUCUUAUCAGUAAAUUAUUAUUCAUUAUACGAACACAAAUAUAGAAACAUGUUAUACAUACAUAUGUGUAUAUAUGUAUAUAAUAUCAUUUCAUUUUGUUGGUUUCAUUGUUUAUAUCUUUUAUUUUCAUUGAAUUUUCUUCCAAAUCCGUUUCCAAUCCUAAAACCGAGUUAUUACAAUGAAAUAGUAACCCUAUGUGGUAAAUGUUUGUAGGAUAGAGGUAAGUUCCUGGCAAGUUAAAUCCACAACCCAUUUUACUAUCCCCAGACAUAGUCAUUCCACUUGUCAUUACAAGUUCCCUUGGAAAAAAAAAAGCAUGAAUAUUAUAUAAUUCUAUUUACCUUCCCUACAAAUUUGAAGCCUUGUGCCUAUGUAAAAAUA